AAAGUGAAAGUGUGAGAGUCGCUCCCCGGAGCCCAACCUGCAGAACUAACCAAACUGGCAGUUGCGCUGAAUAAAUACACAGAGAGAGAGGGAGGAGGAGAGAGAGGUAGAGAGAGAGAGACGGGGAAACAGGACGAAAAAGAGAGAAACAGAAAAGAAUAAUCCGAAGCUUCAGGUAACCAUGGAAUGGUCACAGAGGAGCUCACGGCGGAUGGUGGGGAUAAGCUCCAGAUGCCCCCAGUCUGACUUUCAGUGGCUGAUGGAUCUGCUUCAGUCCCAUUUCUCUCAGCUUGUGUCAGGGGUGCGGUACCUUCCUAUCACUAGUUAUUCUCAUUGGAAGAUGGAAGUGCCGGGGUCUCCUGUUGGGAUCUUAUACCACAGACUGAAGUAUGAAACCAUCACUAAUGUGGCCGAAUCACUGUACAAGGAUGAGCUUAUGUAUCUGUCCUCUUGUCUAGACAAGCAGAAUGUGAUGGUUGUGUUGGAUGAUGUGGAGGACUUGACAGAAACCAAGAGAAUCCCAAGUGCCAAUCCCACCAUCAAUAGCUGCUCAUCCCUUCUCCUCCUGAUUCCAAAGGCCAAUAAGGAAAAGACAUUUUUAGACCAAAUUGAUUCCAUAAGUCGGUUUCUGAGGGGAGAGAGAACCUCGGCUUCUUCUUCAGGCUUUACUGAGAUGGAUUACAAACACACACACUCAGUCGAUGCAGGGGCAACUGAACAGUUCAGCAGAAAGAAUCCUAAGCUGGACGUUCCAUCUGGGCAGAAGCAUUCGGUCAGGGUCUUCUCAAGGUGCGCAAAGAGCAAUUAUAACUGGCUCCUAGACCUGCUGCAAAAUGAAGACUUUGGGAGCCUGGUGAAGGAGGUCCAUGCUGUGGAAAUAACUAACACCUUUUCAAAAUUUUUAUCCGAUGCCAAUAAUUGCACAUUUGCCAUUCUCUAUCAUUCACUCCACUAUGGGCGCCUUAGCAUCACCGAUGUGACUGACUCCUUGUAUGAGGAACACCUGAAGGUCUUAUCUCAGCGCCUUGGCAAGGAGAAAGUCAUUGUGGUACUUGAUGACUUGAAGGAAAGCAGUUUUCAGGAGAAGUGGAGAAUCCUUCAGAGCCAGCCAAGCAUCGGGCGAUAUUCCCAAGAACUCCUUCUCUUCAGUGAAACAGAAAAAAAGUCAAGAGGCUAUGCUUCUGGAAUUAUUCAGGACAGACUGGAGAAACUAAAAAAGUCCUUGGAGACCAGCCGCGGUAGGAAUGAACAAUUUCCUUUACGCAGUGAAGGGACUGGUGUUUCUAGGGGAACUGAAUCAGCCCGGACAGCGGUUGACACUCAUGUCUUUGGUCAAAAGUUGGAUCAGAUAUUGAGCAUUAUACAGCAAAUGAGCACCGAGUUAUCCAACCAAAAACAACAGCUUGAGGAGUUUAAGAAGGAGCAUCACCAGGAGAUAUCCAGACUGAAUCAGCAACAUUCCGCACAGAUAUCUCAACUGAUUCAGCAGUUUGAAGAGUUUACCAAGGGUCAUUGCUGCCAACAUCAGCCAACGGGACCAAAUGUCACAAGUGAAGGUAAACACGUUUUGAGGUCUGCUGAGACAAACCUGAGCUGCGUCCCUUUUCCUUCAAAUGCUACUGCAGUAGCGAGAAGAAAUCCAACUCCAUGAAGUCCUUUCAUAAUAAUGUCUAGUGAUGGGCAAAUUUUUUCGCCAGUUAUGAAUUUGCAGCGCAAUACUGCAUUUUGCCAUUGGCUAUAAUGUACUAAUAAUACUACUACUGUAAUACCGAAUUUGUGAUAUUUACUGAAGCAAAUAACCUUUUCUACAAACAAAAAGUAUUUUAUAUAUAACAUCUAAGAGUAUGAAACAAAAUUCAGUAGGCGGUGUAUGUACGUGAAGUUCUAGCUGGAAUAUGGGCUGUUGGGACCAUUAUCUCAGCACAACGGUUUAAAAAAUGAAAGAAAAUUAGUGAUAAGCGAGUCUGUCCCCUUUCACUUCACCUAAAAUUUAGGAAACUGCUGGAAAAUUAGCAAAAAAAACUUAUUUUUACGCAACCACAACUUGUUUGACACGACCUUGCUUUUUUGACGCAACCGCAACUUUUUUCUCAUUCUGUGAAUUUUUGUUGCGGCAACAUUUUUGCAGCAGUUUCACCAAUGGCGAAAUGCGUCAUUUCACAGCGAACUCGUGGCUGGCAAAAAAAUUUGCUCAUCGCUAAAGAAAACGGAGCUUCGACAUCAAGUGGCAAAAUUCAUUCAAAUUUGUAUAUGAUGUUCUGCUGCAAUUUAUUUUAUUAUAAUUUUCAAAUAUAAGAUUUCUGAACCCCAAUUUUUAAGAUUUAUCAAAUGAAAACAUCCUUGAUCAUUUGAAUUAAAACAUUUAGCAAUUCUAUAUCAAA